UUACAGCAACCAGACUUGACUCAUGACCUCAGUAUUUCUACAAAUCCUGGCUACGUCCCUGGCCUGUAACCUGUAGCUGACAGUUCAUAAUAUCCCUGUAGACUGUCUGACAUCACUGACAGUAAAAUUCAGGACCCCAGUCUCACUGACUCUGCGGACUCUGGAUAAUUCCAUUCACAAAUUCUCAUCUAUUGGUGUCCUGCUCCAGUGAGCACAGCACAAACAUAUCAAUAUGCCCACAGAUGGGGAAAAUAUUACAGCUCCUAUCGACAGUGACACCACCCAGAGCCAGUCCACAUUUUACAUUGACGGGCCGCUGCUCCAACAUGAGUAAUUUUGAAAAACUACCGGGGAGCUGGAAGCACUUAUGGCACCGGUUUUAAUUCAGAAAUAUUUACAGUACACCGCAGCCCCCAGUGAAAGGAGCAGAAUUGAUCGGUUGCUCCGUUCAUCCACUCUCCCAGCCGCCCCCGUUUCAUCAAAUUGGCGUGACCUAUAGCUGCUGACAUCAUGAAGGAGCGCGGAGCAAAGAGGGUUCCCCACCCCGGAGGAUAUAAAUACAGGCAGAGGGAACACCGGCUGCAGUGAGUUUACUCCGAGCCUGUCAUCCUCUCAUCCUCCCUGCUGGGCACCAGACACCAGGACCUCUGACACAAUGAAAGUUUUGAGGACCAUCACAUUAACUUAUGUCCUCACCCUUUUACUACUGGCGACAUUUAUCUCACAGUCGUGGAGUGCACCGAAGGGCUCUUUUCAACGGAGAAAUUGGACUCCGCAGGCUAUGUUGUACCUCAAGGGCACACAGGGACGCAGGUUCAUCUCAGAGGACCGAAAAGAAGGAGAUGUCUAUGACACAUUACACUUAGAGACCCGCAGUCAGAACACAGAGAAGCUGAGUGUGGACCAGGCAGCCACUGUCCUGCUCAACUUCCUGCAGCAGGCCAGAGAGGGAGCUGAUGAAAACCCAGAUGAGGUGUAUUUCCAGGAGCUGCCAGUGUGGAAGAGAGAAUUCUUCUGAUAGUCUUUCAUACAUUUGUAAAGCUGCUAGAAAACAUCAUCUUUGUCUUUGAAUGUCAGUUGUUCUGUCCAGUGUGAGGGAGAACAGCCUUUUGUAAAUAUGUAUUCUCUGACUGUUUGAAAUGUGAUGUUUUAAUAAAAACAGAUUGAA